AUGGCUCCAAGAACUGCUAUCAUCAUCUACUCCAUGUACGGCCACAUCGCCAAGAUGGCCGAAGCCGUCAAGGUCGGCAUUGAAUCCGCCGGUGGUUCUGCCGAGAUCUUCCAGGUCCCAGAAACCCUUUCUCCGGAAAUCUUGAGCAAGAUGCACGCCCCAGCCAAGCCAGACUACCCAGUUGCCUCCACUGAGACCUUGACCUCAUAUGAAACGUUCGUGUUUGGGAUCCCAACCCGUUUCGGUAACUUCCCAGCCCAGUUCAAGACCUUCUGGGAUGCCACCGGUGGUCUCUGGGCCUCUGGUGCCCUCCACGGUAAGGCCGCCGGUGUCUUCACUUCCACCGGUACCCAGGGUGGUGGUCAAGAGACCACUAUCUUGAACUCCUUGUCCGUCUUAGUCCAUCACGGUAUUGUGUUCGUUCCAUUGGGUUACAAGAACACGUUCGGCCAGUUAUCCAACUUGGAAGAGAUCCACGGUGGUUCUCCAUACGGCGCUGGUACCUUUGCCGGUGCUGACGGCUCCAGACAGCCAACCAAGUUAGAGUUGGAAGUGGCCGAGAUCCAGGGUAAGGUGUUUUACGAGACGGUCAAGAAGUUUUAA